AUGUGGUCAAUAUCGGUUUUCCUCUGUUUCCUGGUCGCCCUCAUCCAUACACCUCUGGUAGCCGCCGAGAGGCUCAUUGAAUCCAAGGCCCUCACCUUAUGUCAGGAUAGCUCGAACUUUACGGCCACCUAUUUCCAUGUCAGAUAUACGCCAAAUAAUAAUUCGCUCUUAAUCGGCUUCGAUGGAGUCUCCUCUAUCUCUGGUUAUGUCGAGGCCACGAUUGUUCUCGAUGCCUACGGUUAUACCGCUGUGAAACAGUCAUUCAACCCCUGCGAUAUGGACUUGGAAGGUCUGUGUCCCAUGAACACCGGUCCCAUGAAUAUCCGCGACGCUCCUAUUACUAUUGGCGACGAUGUAGCAUCUCAGAUUCCAGGAAUCGCGUAUACUGUUCCAGAUCUUGAUGCAUCUGUCCGUGUGUAUAUUAAUUCCACAACCACUCACGAAAGUAUUGCUUGUCUCGAGGCUAGUCUUUCGAACGGUAAAACCGUUUACCAAAAGGGCGUUGGAUGGGCUACGGCCAUCAUUGCCGGCUUGGGCUUGACAGCCUCUGCCAUUACCUCCGGACUUGGGCAUUCAAACACCGCCGCGCACGUCGCAGCUAAUGCUCUUUCUCUCUUCUCCUUCUAUCAAUCGCAAGCGAUGAUUGGAAUGACUUCUAUUCACCUGCCGCCAAUUGUCGCGUCCUGGACCCAGAAUUUUCAAUGGAGUAUGGGCAUUAUCCGUGUCGGCUUCCUUCAGGACAUUUGUACGUGGUACCAGCGCUCUACAGGAGGCACUGCUGCGACACUCCUUUCGGAACUCUCGACCAUCUCCGUUCAACCCCUGAAGAAACGUGCUUUUGAUGCUGCAUCAGGGUUAGUUCCGAGGACUGUCGGGGCAUUGAUCAAACGAUCUGGUGCGGAAAGCGAGAAAGCCACUUCUGAAACUGUGGAAGUGCGCGGAAUCGAUCGUGUUGGAUUCAUUGCUGGUAUUGAGGAAACCAACAUCUUCUUGACGGGUUUCAUUUUCUUCGUCGUUUUCGUGGCUCUAGUGAUGCUCCUCGUCGUUGCCUUCAAAGGAGCAUGCGAGCUUCUUGCUAAGCAUGGGAAGAUGAAGAGCGACAAGUUCCUGGACUUCCGUAACGGAUGGAGGGUUGUCGCCCGUGGUAUCUUGUUCCGUUUGACUUUGAUCGGUUUCCCUCAAAUGUGCAUCCUUUGCUUGUGGGAAUUUACUCGCAACGAUUCGCCUGCUGAAAUAGUCCUCGCUGUGAUAAUGCUCCUCUCACUUUUCGCUGCGUUGGGUUGGGCUUCAUUCAAGGUCAUCAGCCUAGCGAAACGGUCGAUCGCACUGCACAAGAACCCCGCCUAUAUCCUUUACUCCGACCCGACUUGCUUGAACAAGUGGGGCUUCCUCUAUGUGCAAUAUCGAGCAACCGCUUACUACUUUGUUAUUCCCGUGCUGGGCUAUCUCCUCGUCAAGGGCAUGUUCAUCGGCCUCAGUCAGCCGGCUCCUGUGGUGCAAACCGUCGCCUAUGUGAUCAUUGAAGCGGCUAUGUUGAUUGCAGUUAGCGUUCUGCGGCCGUGGAUGGACAAGAAGACUAAUAUCUACAAUAUUUCCAUUGCGGCGGUCCAAUUUUUGAACGCCAUCUUCCUUCUCUUCUUUUCCAAUGUCUUCAAUCAACCAGGACUGGUGACCGGAGUUAUGGGUGUCGUCUUCUUUGUUAUUAAUGCAGUUGCUGCGUUGGUUCUGUUGAUUUUGGUGCUCAUUGGAUCUAUCUAUGCUUUUGCUUCCAAGAACCCCGACACCCGCUAUCAGCCCAUGAGGGAUGACCGUGGCUCCUUCAUCAAAUCACAGACCCAGCUAACAACUGAACUGGAUGCAUUGGGUGCCACCGCUCGCGGCGACAUGAAGACAACCCCAUACAAGGCCAAUCCUUUUGAUGAUGAAAAUGGAUCAUUUUCCAGCGGUAAUGGCGCCAGCGUUAGCCGUCAGAAUCUUGAGCCGAACCCCACUGGGUUGCCUAACCAGGCCCCUCAUUCUCCUGUUGAUCCGUCGCUACCAUUAUUCCCUAGUGACAACUCCAGCGCGCGAGGACCUGGUAGUAGCGCUGAUACCAUUCAACGGUCACAAUCGCCGAUUCCUCGAAGCUUUACCUCGUCGCCUUAUCGAACACAGAACAACCAAAGCCCGUGGCAAAGAGGGGCAGGUUAUGACCAUUAAAAGAGUUUCGCGCGUUUUUUCUUCUUUUCCCGCUUUCAAACGAUUGCUUAUAUUAGCUUUGCUUAAAGAGAUGAAGUUAUGGCCGAGUACGGGAAGGGAUUGACCGCUCGACCCGUGCUUUAUUCAUUUUUCCGUUCAUCGGUGCUCCCACAGCGCCCGUCUUUUUUCUAUUUUGAAUUUGCCCACUUACCUAUACUGUGAUAUACUGGACUCUCCUUUCCUUUCCUCUCACUACCUCUCUCCCGCCCUCCUUUGGCUCACCAGGAUUUCCUUUACAAUUUUCUCACUUUUUUAUCCUCCGUUCUACGUAUACUCGGCGUUCUAAAGCAUUGGAUCUGGAGAUAGGACUUGGGUUUGCGGUCAUUGUGCGCUUUUUUUUUUUUUGGCAGGGUUCACCCGAUGCGCCCGUUUUUGCUCUUGUUCGAAUUACUGUUAUGGAAGACAUAAGUAACCAUAAUGCUAUUAAGCUGCGUCGAUUCGACGUUAGCUAACA